UUUAGUUGUUGUUUUUUUUGUUUUUGUUAUAGUUAACACAUGUCCGAGAAUUAUAUUUAUAUAGUAAUCGUAUUCAACAAUUACCACCUGAAAUUGGUAAUUUAGUUAAUUUAAAAGUAUUAGCUUUAAGUGAAAAUUCAUUAACAACUUUACCUGAUACAAUGGAUCGUCUUGUUCAAUUAAAAGUACUUGAUUUACGACAUAAUAGAUUUAAUGAUAUACCAGAAGUUAUCUAUCGAAUAACUAGUUUAACAACACUUUAUUUACGUUUUAAUCGUAUUAAAGAAGUAUCAGAUUCAAUCCGAAAUUUAGUUAAUUUACAAAUGUUAAGUUUACGUGAAAAUCGUAUUCGUUCAUUACCUAUUACAGUUGGUCAUCUUAUACAAUUAUUAACACUUGAUGUUGCACAUAAUCAUCUUGAACAUUUACCAAAUGAAAUAGGAAAUUGUGCUCAGUUAACAACAUUAGAUUUAACACAUAAUGAACUUGUUGAUCUACCAGAAUUAAUAGGUAAUCUUAAAAAUCUUAGUCGACUGUUGAUCAGAUACAAUCGUCUCUCGACCAUUCCAUCAUCAUUAGCAAAUUGUUCUAAACUUGAUGAAUUUAAUAUUGAAGGAAAUAAUGUUUCACAAUUACCGGAAGGACUUCUAUCAAGUUUAGUACAUUUAAAUACAAUAUCAUUAGCACGAAAUAAUUUUAAUUCAUUUCCAUUGGGUGGUCCAACACAAUUUACAUCUGUACAUUCAAUUAAUAUGGAAUGUAAUACAAUUGAUAAAAUUCCAUUUUCAAUUUUUUCACUUGCAAAAUAUUUAUCAAAAUUAAAUAUGCGAGAAAAUGCAUUAACAUCAUUACCAUUAGAUAUUGGUUCUUGGACAGCAUUAGUAGAACUUAAUCUAGCAACUAAUCAAUUAACUAUUAUACCAGAAGAUAUAAAAAGUUUACAAAAUUUAGAAGUACUUAUUAUGUCGAAUAAUCAAUUGAAAAUUUUAGAAGAAAUUAUUUUUUUUAAAUUAGAACAUGAAUAUAUUGUUAAUUAA